AUGGGUUCUACAGAGACGAUGAUAGCACACGAAUCACAUUCCAAGGACCAAGCUCCCGCCCGUGAAAUGAUGCUACGCAAUUCCGAAGCGUCAUGUCUGGGAGGAUCAACUCCUCAAAAGUUAAUCCAUGAGGUUGUCGUCAAGUACAAAGCUUCCGUCCCGAGAGAAGAGCCACACCAGGCCAAUGCCAGCUCUCACGAAGAAGAAGUUCCCUCUCCAGCAGACAAGGCAUAUGGGGAAAAUGGAACGGUGCGGCAACAAAUGGUCUAUUUACCCGAUAUGCCCGACGAGUUCCGGAACGUGUGCGAUUGGCUCAAUUGGGCAUUCGACUUCGACGACCCCUUUGACGGGGGCGAAUUGAGAGAUAGACCGGAAGAAGCGAAGAAGCUGGUGGAUAACCUACUGGUCACGCUGGAGGCGACCAGCUUGGAAGGCGUAGUGGUGAGCGAGAACAUACUUGUGGAGGUGUUUCGGAGCGUCUGGCUUCGUCUGGCGCGGGACUCGUCGAAAGAGACGCAAGGGAGAUUCAGGGGCUCGAUGACGGAUUCCUGCAAUGGACUCAUUCAGCAGACUGAAGCUUGCAUCGACCCCAACAACUUUGACUUGAAUGGGUAUUUGGCGACAAGAUGCCAGACGAUAGCGGCAUACCCCUUGUAUGCAAUGGUCGAGUAUUGCUAUGGCAUCGCGAUCAGUGACGAAGUCAUCGCCUGCAAAUCCAUUCAGACCAUCCAGCGACUUUCUACCGAGUUGACCGUACUACAGAAUGAUGUCCUGUCAUAUCACAAGGAAAAGCGACUCGGCUUUGAGCACACCCUGGUUAGCAUCUACAUCCGGCAGGGCAAGACCCAAACAGAGGCCUACGAUUGUGUGGAUCAGCUUAUGAAGGACCGCUACCGCGAUUGGUAUCUCGCCUUGGCCGAGCUGCCCAUGUGGGGUGAAGAUGUCGGUAAGCAGGUCCAGGUAUACAUCCAAGGCUGUCAGAACAUGGUCGUCGCGAACCUCAAUUGGAGCUUCAAGACGGAGCGGUAUUUCGGAAGGGAGCAUUGGAACGUCAGGCGUACUAGAAUCGUCCCAUUCACGGAAUGA